AUGAUCGAGCUGGUUCGUGGCGGCCGCGUUCGACAGUUGAAAUUGCCCGACGCAAAUUCGGUUUCUCUUCUCUCUGUUACUGCCAACGACCGACCAGGUCUUCCUAUCGUUGCACCCUCUAUUCUUGUCAUCACGAAGAUCAAAAGAUGGUCGAUCUUAGCCGAAUCCACCCGUCCCAAGACCAUCAGAAAGGCCAAAAGCGAUGUUCAGGACAUUGAGGUGAUCUUGGAUUGGCUGGCUCGAAACAAUCUUCAUGUGGAUUUUGAAGGUUACCCGGAAAAGCCAAAAGAGGAUCUGCUCUCUGUGGUUCGCAAGUUGCACCAGAUGCAUACUACAAUUCGCUCUUUGCUUAAGGAUACUUUGAAAGCGGAGGAUUUUGCUCUCAUUGACAAUUAG